AGAUGGCGCUGAAACACAGACUAUAACACAUUUGGUGGCUUAAAUGAAAAAAAGAUGAAAAUGUGCUUGCCCCACGGAGGAGAACAACAAUAAAUUGGCAUAUGAUAAGGGUUCUGUUUUUAAGAGGGUGAGCAGGUGCAGAGGACCAACACCACAUGACACCUAAGUGGACAGCAGCCUCAUGGUGAUUGGAAAUACCUGCCGAUUUCUUGGACGUCCCAGGUUUAGCGUCGUCCACCCCUUGGCCCGUCUUUUUACCUCCAGCAACAUGGCAAAGAGCAAGUUUGAGUAUGUCCGCAACUUCGAGACCGAUGACACUUGUCUACGAAACUGCUACAUAGUUGUGAGACUUGAUGGUCGAAACUUCCACAGGUUUGCGGGGCAGCACAAGUUUACAAAGCCCAAUGAUAACAGAGCCUUGGGCCUGAUGAGCAGGAGUGCUCGCUCCGUGAUGGAGGAGCUGGAGGAUAUUGUCAUUGCUUAUGGUCAAAGCGAUGAGUUCAGCUUCGUUUUCAAGAGGAGCUCCACUUGGUUUAAGAGGAGAGCCAGUAAGCUCAUGACCCACGUGGCCUCGCAGUUCUCCUCCUCGUAUGUGUUCUACUGGAAGGAGUUUUUCGAGGAUCAGCCCCUCCUGUACCCCCCGAGCUUUGACGGACGGGUGGUCCUGUAUCCUACAAACCGUAACCUCAAAGAUUACCUCAGCUGGAGGCAAGCAGACUGUCACGUAAAUAAUCUGUACAACACAGUGUUUUGGACAUUGGUGCAGAAGGGAGGGCUCACCACAGCUCAGGCAGAAGAUCGCCUAAAGGGAACAUUAGCUGCAGAUAAAAAUGAGAUCCUGUUCUCAGAGUUUGACAUCAACUACAAUAAUGAAUCUGCCAUCCACAGGAAAGGCACCACUUUCAUCUGGGAAAAGCGAGAGGAAACUGUCAUCAAACGCAUGAAGGUCCCGGGUGAAGAGGAGAAGGACGUGCCCGUGACUAGCAGCAGGAGAAGGGUGCAGUCCUACCACUGCGACAUUAUCGGAGACCAGUUCUGGGAGGAACACCCACGCGUCCUGGAGGACGACGACAGCUAACGGCUUCUCUCCUGCUGUAGGAGAACUACUCUGAACGCAGGCUGGUCAGAAUGGUUGAAGUGGACCCAUAUAUAAGAAGUGACCUGGGGGACAGUCUAAGCAUGAUGUCACCCAUGAUGCUUAGUAUGUAGGGUGUUUUCUGAGACUGAAGCUUUGAUGAUAGAGUCUGUACAGUUACUGUCUCACAGCUGGAGAAAAGUGUCACUUUCAUGUAUUAAAACUGUGUCAAAAUCUUCA